CUUGUCCUACUGUGCAGGUGUCGAGUUAAGCCAAUGAAAUACUGUAAACCUCUGAGGUGAGGGACGGCAUGCUGCAGCCAUGGAUGGAUGUCAAAGCACCAGAGUUCAGUAUCAUGUUAGCCUGAGCAUCACUCUUGGUGUUUUUUUUUUUUUUUUUGGCCAGAUGUAUAAAAUAUAACACAUCUGGCUAAGACUAGUACAACAGGUCGUCUUCAGAGUGGUGACUGUGAGUUGGGUUUGACGUCAGGAUCUCUUGCAGUUGGAUGAAUAUGCUGCUCUUUAGCUCCUCAGUGAGUCUGAUGAGAUGUUGUGGGUUGGCUCAUCCGUGUUGUUCGUCAGGUAACUGGACCUUGAUGUUAAUAAAAUGUCCUUGAUGGAAACAGGUUGGUGUUGUCAAAGCCUGAAUCAUGAGUCAGGAGGGAGGUCCUUCAUGGUGGAGAGAGAUGCAUCUCACUGAUGUCACCUUGUUGUCAUGUUUGUACUUGAUGUGAACCUGCUUAUGGGCCCAGAUGGGAGUUAUUUUAUUUGUUUUGUGGAACAAACCCAGUUGGAGCUAAAAGGUCCAAAAUCCUACCAGCAGUCCAGAUGGAACUCUGGUGCCUGGAUUUACUUUUUCUAUCUGGCAGGCAAAAAGUCCCCACUCAACAUUUUUAUUCCAUUUAUUAGAUGAAAACAUUUCUGCACAUUCCAGAAGAUGUAAUUCAAAGGUGUCCCUUUGGCGUUUGUUGAUGAUUGCCAAUGUGUGUUUCAGGUAUGGCGGGGGGACCAGUAGACCCCAGAGAGAUUCUGAAAGGUGUGGAGGCUUUGCUAGGAAAGGAUGGAGAGCUCCGCAGCCUGGAAGGAGUCCCGAAGGUGUUCAGCUUAAUGAAGGCUUCGACUAAGAUGGUCAGUAGAUGUAUGUAUCUGAACAUUCUGCUGCAGACGAAAUCCCACGAUGUUCUCAACAGGUUCAUCAGAGUCGGUGGCUACAGGCUCCUCAACUCCUGGCUCACCUACUCCAAGACGACCAACAACACGCCUCUGCUCCAGCUCAUCCUGCUCACGCUGCAGAAGUUGCCUCUCAAAGUGGAUCACCUCAAACAGAACAACACGGCCAAGCUGGUGAAGCAGCUGAGCAAGAGCGCAGAGACUGAUGACCUGAGGAAGUUGGCGGCAGUGCUGGUUGACGGCUGGAUGGCUACGAUCCGCUCACAAAGUGUCUCCAGUAGUGGCAGCUCUCCCGCUGAUAAGAAGAAGAAGAAGGAUGAGAGCAAGGUGCUUGUGCGAGAUGCGAAGGAAAGAGUUGUGGAUGAGGAGAAGAAGAAGGAGAAACCUAAAGCUCACGCACCGAGCCACGCAAAGAUCCGCUCCAUAGGUUUGGAGAUGGACUCUCUCAACCCGACCCCGGCCAAGAAGACGCCCACCGCCCCACAGCUGGGCGACAAGUACAACAUCAAGCCUCCAGUCCUCAAGAGGCCAAGCUCUGGUCCAUCAGAUGCUCCACCUCUGGAGAAAAAAUACAAACCUCUAAAUACGCCCUCUAACUCCGCCAAAGAAAUCAAAGUUAAGAUCAUUCCAGCACAGCCGAUGGAGUGCACAGGUUUCCUAGAUGCUCUGAACUCUGCCCCAGUGCCCGGGAUCAAGAUCAAGAAGAAGAAACCAAGUGCUACCACUGCAGCUAACACCAAGGCCGUGUCCCCGACGUCCAACAAGGCAAGUCCAUUUGACAGCAAACCUUCUGCGUAUUCUUCAUGUUCUGCUAAACCAUCGUCUCCAGAAACCGCUGCUUCCACCACUGCUGCUGAUGAAAACCAGGAACCGGAGCAGCCUGGGACCCCGGUUCCCUCGGAGGACCCGGAAGCUUCUGACAACGGUGAGAAGCCUAAUGCUCUGGCAGAACCUCACGGAGAAGAAGAAAGCCUGACCAAGAAGGGCAAGAAGAAGAAGACGGUCCACUGGGCUGAAGAGGAGCAGCUGAAGCACUACUUCUACUUUGAUCUGGACGAGACAGAGAGAGUCAAUGUCAACAAGAUCAAGGACUUCGGUGAGGCGGCCAAGCGAGAGCUGAUGAUGGACAGGCAGACGUUUGAGAUGGCUCGUCGGCUUUCCCACGACACCAUGGAGGAGAGGGUCCCCUGGACACCCCCGAGACCGCUGACACUGGCCGGCAGUCUGGUUGUUCCCGGGUCGUACAGCACUGAAAAGCUCACCCAGAGAGACCGAGAGAUGGGCAUCCUGCAGGAGAUCUUCCUCAGCAAAGAGAGUGUGCCUGACAGUCCACAUGAACCGGAUCCAGAGCCUUAUGAACCGAUGCCUCCUCGUCUUAUCCCGCUGGAUGAGGACUCUUCCAUGAUGGACGAUGGCUACGUGGAGCCCAUGGACACCACAUCGCAACAGGGCUCUGGCGCGGCCCAGAACGAGAGCUCCAAGCUGCCUCCGGUCCUGGCUAACCUCAUGGACAACCUCAGCAACAGCUCCCGCAGCCCCCAAGCUACCAACACCGUCAGCAACACUGUGGCUCCCACUGUCAACGUCCAGGAGCUGCUCUCCUCCAUCAUGGGCGCUUCUGGCAGCCAGUCAACUGAAGACCUAAUAAAGCAGCCGGACUUCUCUGAUAAGAUUAAGCAGCUACUGGGCUCCCUGCAGCAGACUCAGAAUCAGAACCAGGGCGGACCUCCUCCAGUCAACCAGGGUCUUCUGGGACACGGUCCAGGCAUGAACAGCAUGAACAACAUGAACAACAUGCAUAUGCAGAUGCCGAUGAACGGUGGCUACCCGCCCAACAACUCACCCGGUGGUCCCCGCUUCAACCACCCGCCCCCUCACCACGGACCGCCGUUCAACCAGGGCGGUGGCCCACGCAUGAUGGGGCCUCCUCCGGGGCAGGGCAGAGGAGACAACGGCAACUACUGGGGAGAAGACGCCAUGAGGGGAGGGCCCCACAGAGGAGGACACUUCCACCGAGGAGGCCGGGGCCGAGGAGGAGAGCUGGGCUUCAGGGGCCGGGGACGAGGAGGGCCCAGAGGGGGACACAACAAUAUGAACGACAUGUCCAAGAGGCCCGUGUGUCGCCACUUCAUGAUGAAGGGAAGCUGCAGGUACGAGAGCAACUGUGCUUUCUACCACCCCGGCGUAAACGGACCACCGCUGCCCCCCAACUACCAAGCUAACAACCAGCACAACCAGCACCCCCAGCAUGGCCACUAGAUGGCGGUACCGCACGCCUGAGAAUGACUGUUACCUGCUGGAGAGGCUGCUGAUCACGUCGGUGCAGGAUGUGUCAGGACUGCUGCUGAAAACACACAAAGACAGAGCAGGGCUUCCUGUCCUGCACCCUGAAGGGUCUGAGGUCGUGGUGCAGGCGACUAGCUCGAGAAGGGAACCCUGCCUCGGCCGACGGAGAACAAAUGAGAAGUGUACAUUAGGGACUUGAAGGCUGUGAGAUGAUUAAUGAUGGGACUGUGCUUUUAUUGUGAUUAUUUUUAACAGAGUGACUGAAACAAGCCACUACAUCUGACCACUAUCGCCGAGUCGCUGCAGCUAGCUUCCUGUCACUGUCCUCCCACUAACACGGCUCAACCGAGUGAAUGUCCCUCUUGUCGUAGCUGUUCUGUGUUCCAAAGGUGAUGACGCUUUCACGUGUCCUGUAGUUUUCUUACUUCAUUCAUAGGUUUUGUAAAGAUGAGGCAUGAAGUCUUCUUCUUCCCUCCCUCCAUGAUUAUUAAAUGUACCACAGAGUUUAGGAAGCACUUUAUACCGAUAAACACAGCUACGCCACAUGUAUGAUUUACUACAACUGGGUCCGAAGAAUCGUGACAGAAUCUAUAAACUACUUAACUGUGGCCGAUUUUAAGGAAACUUCAGAAAUUAACUCUGCCUGGAAGGACCUCGCUCUGUUCUGCUUCAGCAGCUGGUACUGAAUGUGAACAACGACAUGGAAGCAACAGCAGUGUGUGUUCUCUCGCUCUCUCUCUCUCUCUCUCUCUCUCUCUUUCUCUCUCGCUCUCUCUCUCUCUCUCUCUCUCUCUCUCUCUCUCUCGUGUGUAUGAGUGUGUAUGUCAGGGCGUACUGUGAUCCCGUCAGAACAACAGUUUCUCCUCGAUCCCAGAGAUGCUGCCUGUAGUUUCUGGAUCCGUCUGGACCCAGGAGCGGCGCUUUGUGUUGCCAGUGUUAAGGAUAGGAACGGUGAAUGUCACCGAUAUCGUUUUCUGUGAAAACAAAUUUUUUUGUGUCUCUUGUGGGACUGUAAGAAUGUAAUUUUUCUUGUUGCUCCCUCCACCCUGUUUUUGUUUGUUUUUUUUUUUUUUUGAUAAAAUCCUUUCGUCAUCACCCCGUUUUAAGAUGGGUUAAUCUUUUUGUCAGUGUGAAGUUUGUAUGAAUACAGAACUCGCAUUCAUACACGUUUUCAGUUGGAUUCUUUUGUACGCAGUGCAUUGAAUAAAUGUCUAAAUAUA